UUUUAAAUGUCACACGUACGAGUGGUCGACACCGAAAGAGAACGAAUGUUUAAGGAAUACAAUGAUAUCUUAGACGAUCUGAGAACGGCGUUCAUGGAGAAGUGGAAAACAAAGAUGAACGAUAACGCGAAAUUAGAAGAUUUUGAACGUUUUAGAACCGUCGGUACUGGUGCUUUUGGCCGCGUUAUUCUUGUCAAAUAUAAACCAACGUCCUCGUAUUACGCCAUGAAGAUUCUCGAUAAAGCAAAACUCGUGAAAAUGAAGCAAAUAGACCACACACGUAACGAGAAACGAAUCUUGCAGUGCAUCAACUUUCCCUUCAUGGUCUUUAUGGAAUUCUUCUUCAAGGACAAUUCUUAUGUGUACAUGGUGUUACCAUUCGCGCAGGGUGGCGAAAUGUUCACUCAUCUAAGGCGUAUGGGGAAGUUCGAUGAGUCAUUGGCGAAAUUCUAUGCCGCUCAAGUAGCCUUGGCCUUGGAGUAUUUGCACCACUGUAGCCUAAUUUACCGAGAUCUGAAGCCAGAGAAUAUCCUGAUAGAGAAUUCCGGCUACCUUAGGGUAACUGAUUUCGGUUUCUGUAAGAUGGUAGAUGGUCGCACAUGGACCUUGUGCGGCACGCCAGAAUAUCUGGCGCCAGAGGUAAUUCUUUCAAAGGGUUAUGGUAAGUCCGUCGAUUGGUGGAGCUUUGGUGUACUGGUUUAUGAGAUGAACGCGGGAUAUCCGCCUUUUUACGCGCAUGAUCCCAUGAAGAUCUACGAGAAGAUUGUAGCAGGCAAGUACAAGUUUGCGCAUCACUUUGGUGAAGAAUUGAGGGAUAUAUUGAAGAAUAUUCUGCAAGUGGAUCUGACGAGAAGAUAUGGCAAUUUAAAAGAUGGUAGUAUGGACAUCAAGAAACAUCGCUGGUUCCAAUCUAUCGAUUGGAUCGAGAUCUAUCAUCAAAAAGUGCAACCGAGUUUUAUUCCUCGUUGCAUUAACGGUAAUUCAGGCAUUGCAAGUAACUUUGAUCAUUACGAUGAAGAACCGCUUGAGAUCGCCUCUUUUGAUCAAUAUGGGAAGGAAUUUGCAAAUUUCUAG